AUGGAUGCACCUACUAUCAAUCAUUCGGACAAUGAAAUAGAUUAUGAAGCACAACAAGAAGACGACAACGACGAAGAAGGCGAAGAAGAAGAAGAGGAGGAGGAGAGUGAAGAGGACCAAGACGAUACGGCUGCAUGGGAAGACGAAGAUGAUAAAAACCUCAAGAUUUCAUUAACUGCAACAAAUAUCACUAAAAAACUUCGCAAUGAUACUGAUGAAGAUAUUGUUGAUGGUGUUGAAUAUACUCGUCGAUUGCGUAAACAAUUCAACAAGAUUUAUCCCAAGCCAGACUGGGCUAGACUGCCCUCAGAAAUUCAGGCAGAAGAUAGAAAGCGUAAAGCUUCAGACAGUGAUGAUGAAGACAAUGACGAUAUCAAGGAUGAGGACCAAUUAGACGAAGAAACUCGACUUGAUUUACUAAAGAGCACCAUGGGCAUCUUAGACAAACGAACUAAAAAAACUAGUAUUUCACCCAAGAAGAUAGACAUUUUACGUCUAAAGAAUGCGAAUCGAGCCGUGCCUCGAUCUAAAGCACUCAUUACCUGCAUUGCUUUCCACCCAAAUGCUCAAGUCAUGUUGACAGCCGGCUUAGAUAAGACAUUACGAUUAUUCCAGAUUGACGGUAAAAUCAACCCCAAGAUUCAAUCCGUCGUGUUUAAGGAUAUGCCCAUCUACCAUGCUGAAUUUCAUCCCUCAGGUAAUCAAAUCAUUGCCAGUGGUCGACGUAAAUUCUUUUAUAUCUAUGAUAUCCAAUCGGGUGUGAUUGACCGAUGUCCUGGUAUUUGGGGCAAAGACGAAAAAUCACUCGAGAAAUUCUCCAUUAGUCCUUGUGGUCGAUACAUUGCAUUUUUAGGUACCAGUGGCACUAUCAUUAUCGUGAGUUAUUUGACAAAGAAGUGGUAUUGUGAUCUGAAGAUGAACAAGUCUGCAGAGUCUGUGGAUUGGUCUUCAGAUGGCAAAUAUAUCUUUGGAUUCAGUGGAGAAGGCCAAGUCUAUCAAUUUGAUGUUGAACAAAAAGAAUGCGUGAAACGUUGGGUUGAUGAUGGCUGUAUUGGUCCCUCUGUGGUUCGUGUCAGUCCUAGUGAAAGAUACUAUGCUACUGGUUCAUCUACUGGUGUUGUCAAUCUAUAUGAUAGAUCUGUACUUGAUCCUCAACAAACACAUCCUCAACCCAUCAAAGCCAUCCAGAACUUAACAACACGCAUUAACAAUAUUGUAUUUAACCAUGAUUCACAACUGAUGGUGAUCUCAAGUCAAUUGAAGCGAGAUCAACUUCGAAUCAUUCAUGUACCGACUGGCACUGCUUAUAGUAAUUGGCCAACAGACAGAACACCUUUAAAUGAUGUCGUUGCAGUUGCAUUUUCACCCAACAGUGACUAUCUUGCUGUGUCUAAUACAAGAGGUAUUGUGUUACUCUACACUUUAAAGCAUUAUGCACUUCAAUAA